AUGAAUGCUGACGCUCGAGGACCGAGCUCUGGUCGAAGGUUCGCCCAGUCGCCAAUAGAUCGAGGGUGGAGGGAAGGAGCAUGGGCUGCGAGAAGACAUGGAGAGUUCUCCUCACGUAUUGGCGAAUCAGAGAAAGUGGGACAUCAUGAGUGGCCAUAUAACUGUCAGUACUUUGUGGCACGCGUGAUGGACCCUAACGAAGCUGUUGAUCUGAAUACUCGGGAUACCGAGUACCUAGACAGUGAUGGAGACCUCCCAUAUAUUGACUUCACUGACCGUGGCCCGACCAUGAAGUCUGUUCAAUUGAAUGGCAGAGGGGUGUCCAGAAUCCAAGAGAUGAGCUCUCCUUCGUGCCUUUGUACCAGGGUUUUGUUUAUCCCCCAGUGGCGACUUUACAGCACCAGUUAUUCAACCAUCCAGCUUGGAAUGAGAGAGACUACGUGGCAGGACUUUUUGACGGGUUUCAAGAUCCCUCCAAACGUGGUUGAGCUUCUUCACGAAAAUAAUGGAGGUUCGUGGCAGCAUGUCUCACAAUGCAGCGACAACUCUGAGGCACACGAACAGGUCGCUCCUGGACACAGUGGCCCUUGCGCCUACCAUAUCUGCUUCAAGUCAUCACAAUUCGAACUAGUGUACGCUCGAUAUGAUUUCCACGCCAAGCGGACGUUUAUUCUUAUCAUGGGUGUCCACCUACAAUGGGAGAUCGAACGCCUGACCUCCCAAUUUGACGGGCUCGGAUCAGUCCACCUGUUCCAGAUUCUCCUCGCCGUCCUAGGAAUAUGGCUGCAGAAGUUAGAGCAAUCACGAUGGUCUCUCGACUUCACUGUUCUCCAACUCGAGCAGAACACGGGCUUCGGACAGCUGUUUCGCAAUGUGCUCCCGCUGCCCACAGAAAGACUCUAUAUCCAGAGGAAUGACACGGCAGGAGCACAAGGCUACAUCAGAUCCGUCGCGCGGCACUCGCUGUGCACGGGAGAGUUCUUUGGGGUGUUUGAAGAGGCACUGCCGAGGUUUUUGGCUCUCCAGAAUUGUCAAGACGACUCGCUGAAGCAGCAAAUACUCGAUGCACUAGGCCAAUACCAGAGCCAACAGAGAACUCAAGCUGUCCAGGCACACGACUUGAGCUGGCGCAUUGACACGCAAUGGAGCGUGCUCGUCGCAUUACUGGCAAAGCAUGACAGUGAUGUGAAUAUUUCCAUGGCGCAGGACGCGAGAACGGACAGUCUCCUCAUGAGGAAAAUGGCGGGUGUCUCAGUCGUCUUCCUGCCCGCCACGUUCCUGGCGACAUUCUUCAGCAUGAUGUUUUUCCACGUCGAUGACGUUGGUGGGGUCUCCAUCAGCCACAACAUUUGGAUGUACUUUGCCUCUACUUCCGCGAUGUCCUUGUUGUUGGGACUCUACUUCCGUUUCAGCAGUAAGUGGAAAGCCUUUCUCGAGCAGAGGGUUUUCAGAUUGGGUUCGUCUGUGCCUUUGGCAGGGGACGUCGAAAAAAUAGACGACUGA